UCUGACUAGUCACUAGCACUAGCUGGGGCCGCCGCGCUGGGAGGACGCGGUCCGGUUCACGCCGCCUCGACUCGCCUCGGCCCUCGCCGCCAUGGCCGGCGAGGCCGCGGAGAGGGUGGCCGCCGCCGUGGAGGCGGUGGGAUCCGGUGGCUGGGAGUUCCGGAACGCGUACAGGCGCCAGCUGCUGGCGCUGUCGCGGCGGAUCCGGCUCCUCGGCCCCUUUGCCGAGGAGCUCCGGGAGGCGCGCCGUGGGCGGCCCGCGGAGGAGGAGGAGGAACAGGAGCGGGCGCUGGCGCCGCUCGCCGACGCGCUGGAGGAGGCGCUCGACCUGCUCCAGCUCGGCCGCGAUGGCAGCAGGAUCUUCCUGGUCCUUGAUAGGAAUAAAGUAAUGAAGAAGUUUCAUGAAUCAAUUGCUCAGCUGGAGCAAGCCUUGUGUGAUUUUCCAUACGAUAAAUUGGAUAUAUCUGAUGAAGUUACAGAGCAGGUUGAGUUAGUGCAUGUACAGCUCAAAAGAGCCAAAGAACGGGUUGACAUGCCUGAUGAUGAGUUCUACCAUGAAUUACUUUCACUGUAUAACAAGAGCCAUGACCCAAGUGCUGAAUUGGAUAUCCUUGGAAGAUUGUCAGAAAAGUUGCACCUGACAACCAUCACUGAUCUCACACAAGAAUCGCUUGCCUUGCAUGAGAUGGUGGCAUCUGGUGGUGGUAACGAUCCUGGAGAACACAUUGAAAAAAUGUCAAUGCUAUUGAAGAAGAUCAAGGACUUUGUGCAAACUCAGAACCCUGAAAUGGGCCCGCCGGUGACUACCAAGGUAAUGGAUUCCAACGGGGAGCCAAGACCUAUAAACAUUCCUGAUGAGUUCCGGUGUCCAAUUUCUCUUGAGCUGAUGAAAGACCCUGUUAUUGUUGCUACUGGCCAGACAUAUGAGCGGGCAUUCAUCGAGAAAUGGAUAGCUUCUGGGCAUCAUACUUGUCCAAAUACUCAACAGAGGAUGCCAAACACGACACUGACACCAAACUAUGUUCUUAGAAGCCUUAUUGCGCAGUGGUGCGAAGCCAACGGGAUUGAUCCACCGAAGCGCCCAACGGAGGCUGACAAACCCACAUCUUCAUGCUCUCCAAGUGAACGUGCUAUCAUCGAUGCUCUCCUCUCCAAGUUAUGCUCUGCAGAUCCUGAGGAACAGAGAUCAGCUGCUGCAGAGCUCCGGCUCCUAGCAAAGCGGAAUGCAAAUAAUCGGAUCUGCAUUGCCGAGGCUGGUGCCAUUCCCUUACUAUUGAGUCUCCUGUCGUCAUCUGACCUGCAGACUCAGGAACAUGCUGUGACUGCACUUCUAAACCUCUCUAUACAUGAGGAUAACAAGUCUAGCAUCAUAUUAUCUGGUGCUGUCCCAGGCAUAGUCCAUGUUCUGAAGAAUGGAAGCAUGCAGGCACGAGAGAAUGCUGCAGCCACCCUUUUCAGCCUAUCGGUGGUUGAUGAAUACAAAGUAACAAUUGGGGGAACAGGAGCUAUCCCUGCCCUUGUAGUUUUGCUAAGUGAGGGCAGCCCACGUGGGAUGAAGGAUGCAGCAGCUGCUCUAUUCAACUUGUGUAUUUACCAAGGGAACAAGGGCCGUGCUAUACGAGCUGGCCUUGUGCCACUCAUCAUGGGGCUCGUGACAAACCCCACUGGUGCGCUGUUGGAUGAGGCUAUGGCGAUACUCUCAAUACUCUCCAGCCACCCUGAGGGUAAGGCUGCGAUCGGUGCAGCAGAGCCUGUUCCCGUGCUUGUGGAGAUGAUUGGAAGUGGGUCACCGAGGAAUAGAGAGAAUGCUGCAGCUGUGAUGUUGCACCUGUCUGUGCAUAACGGGCAUUUAGCUCGGGCACAGGAGUGCGGCAUCAUGGUUCCACUACGGGAACUGGCCCUGAAUGGCACAGACAGGGGUAAAAGAAAGGCGGUGCAGCUCCUUGAGCGAAUGAGCAGAUUCCUUGUUAUGCAACAUGAGGAUACUGUUUCCCAACAAUUGGACGAGAUUGAACGUCAAUUUGCCGCCUUAGGACCUAAUGUUACAGAGGCUGAUCUUGAACAAUUGGGUGAACAAUUGGGAUAUCUUUAACCUCCACAUGCUAUGGUUGCAUGAUGAUGAUGAAUCUAUCGUCGCCACAAUACUACCAAAUGUUUUUUUUGGAUAAGUUACCAAAAGGACGAGCAAGCUGUAUCCGAGUCACUUGGCUUCUGGAUCCAUGGUUUAUGCUGAACGAGAGUUCUUGUAUGGCAAUGUUCAAUCGGCACUGAAAUCUGUGAUGAUCCGUCUGGCUUGGCUUCUUCCAUGCUUGUGUGCUGAAGCUCCCAUCGCUCCAUAUCUGUUUCUGGGUACGUAAGCUAGCCCAGAAUGUUGAGAUGUGUACAGUCUACUUAGUAUGCCGCUCCAAACGUCAUGUAUGGCUAUGUUUUGACUAGAAUAUGUACAUUUUUCACUAUGGUACUAGAUAAAUGAGAAGUUCUAGCGGCAGACUUGAUCAGUAAAUCUUAUUUCAUGCUACUGGAUGUUGGCGUGAGUUUCAGAUUUCAGAAUAUGUUGACGCGUAUG